AUGUCUUUGGUUCUGCUCUCCAUCCUCUGGCUCAUCAUUCAGACUCAAGCAAUGACCAUAAGACAAACACUUGAAUCAGAACUGUAUGAAGUAGUUCAUCCUAAGAAACUACACAUUUUACACAAAAGAGAGAUACAGAAUAACCAAACAGAGAAGCAUGGCGAAGAGGAAAGAUAUGAACCUGAACUUCAAUAUCAGAUGAUGUUAAAUGGAGAAGAAAUCAUUCUUUCCCUACAAAAAGCUGAGCAUCUCCUGGGACCAGACUACACUGAAACAUAUUACUCACCCGGUGGAGAAGAAAUCACCACAAGACCUCAGAACAUGGAACACUGCUACUAUAAAGGACACAUCCUAAAUGAAAAGGACUCUGUUGCCAGCAUUAGUACUUGUGAUGGAUUGAGGGGCUAUUUCACACAUCAUGAUCAAAGAUACAUGAUAAAGCCUCUGAAAAGCACAGACCAAGAAGAACACGCUGUACUCACAUACAACCAGGAGGAGCUCAACCCAGCUAAUCACACCUGCAGUGUAAGAAACGUUGGCAGGAAACAGGACCUUAUUCGAACCUCAAGGUCACUCAAAAGUCCAGAGGUGAAAGAAUUUCUUCAUGCUGAGAAAUACAUUGAUCUGUUUUUGGUGCUGGAUAAUGCUUUUUAUAAGAUGUAUAAUGAGAAUAUAACUGUGAUAAGAAGCCUUGUGUUUGAUGUGAUAAACCUGCUCAAUGUGAUUUAUAAAACCUUGAACAUUCAUGUGGCAUUAGUUGGCCUUGAAAUAUGGACAAAUGGAGACAAAAUAGAAGUAGAUUCAAACAUAGAAACUACGUUAUUGCGUUUUUCAGCUUGGCAAGAAAUAAUCCUUAAAAAAAGGAAAAAUUUUGAUCACAGUAUGUUACUCAGUGGAAAGUGGCUCUAUGCACCUGCGCAUGGAACUUCCUAUCCAGGGGGGAUGUGCCUGCCCUAUUAUUCCUCCAGUGUUGUUAAGGAUCUUUUACCUGACCUCAAUGCAAUUGCAAGCAGAAUGGCACACCAGUUGGGGCAUAACCUUGGGAUGAGUCAUGAUGAUUACCCAUGUACCUGUGCUUUGGAAAAAUGUGUGAUGAAUAGCGGUGGAAGCAUUCCUGCACUGAAAUUCAGUAAAUGCAGCAAAACCCAGUACCAGCAAUUUCUCAAGGAUUACCAGCUGACAUGCAUGUUCAAUGUUCCAUUUUCUGACAAGCUAUCUGAUUACCCAUAUUGUGGAAACAACAGGUUGGAUGAUGGAGAGGAGUGUGAUUGUGGCCUUGUUCAGGACUGCAGUAAUCCUUGCUGUGAUGCACGCAAAUGUAUGUUGAAGCCAGGGUUUACUUGUGCUGAAGGAGAAUGCUGUGACUCUUGCCAGAUAAAAGAAGCAGGGUCUAUAUGCAGACCAGCAAAAACUGAAUGUGAUUUUCCUGAGAGGUGCACUGGCCACUCUUCGGGGUGUCCUAAGGACCAAUUCCAAGUAAAUGGAUUUCCUUGCAAGAAUGCAAAAGGCUACUGCUUCAUGGGGAGCUGUCCCACCCGGGAUGAUCAGUGCUCUGAAUUGUUUGAUCAUGAAGCGAAAGCCAGUUCUGAUAUUUGCUACAAGAUGAAUACAAUUGGAAAUAAAUUUGGAUACUGCAAAAACAAGGGACGCAUAUUAAUUCCUUGUGAAGAAAAAGAUAUCAAAUGCGGAAAGAUAUUUUGCACAGGUGGGCAUCACUCUUUUGUCCUUGGAGAAGAGAAGAUCUACCACCUUAAGAAGCAUCUGAAACAGAAUACCAGUGAAUGCAAAACCUUCUAUUUGUACCAUGAUUCUAAGGAUUUUGGCCUGGUUGCACCUGGCACAAAAUGUGGCGAUGGAAUGGUGUGCAGCAGUGGUGAAUGUGUGACUAUUGAAAAGGCCUACAAUUCAACUGAUUGCUCUGCUCAGUGCAAUGAAAAUUCUGUGGAUGAUGGUGACCUUGAGUGUCAGUGCAAGGGAAUUCAGGCAUCUGCGGAAUGGGAGGAAACCUUAAAUGUUACCAAUAUCUCCAUCCUAGUGGUCGUGCUUGUCCUGGUUAUUUUUGGUGUUGUGGUUGUCAUAUUACUAAUUCGUUACAAAAAAUGUAUUAUGUUGAAGCAAGUUCAAAGCCCACCUGGAGAAAGCCUAGGAGUGGAGAAUAAAGGAUACUUUGGUGAUGAACAGCAAACAAGGAAUGAGCCCAUCUUAUCUGAUAUUCAUCCUCUACAUAAAUCUGCAAAUAAAGAGCAUAGAGGAAUGGCAGAUCCCAAUUCAAGUGCCAAAAUGAGCUUGAAACUGGAUAUCCAAAAUGGCUGUGCGAGGCUAGGCUGA